AAAUUGCGUGGUAUGCCAUUUCCCAUUUAUGUUCACCUAAAGCUGUACACUUCUGCAACACCCAAACGUGCUCACUUUUGCACCCAAGCCACUUCAUGACGCUAUCUCAUUCCUCACACGUUCAACUAAAUAAAUCCCCAUACUCAGUUUGCAACCUCACACGCAAUGUUCCUCUGUUCUUCUUUUAGCUUAUCUUUUUCACACGUUCCUUCUAUCUCUGCUACUUCCUCUCUCUCUCUCUCUCUCUCUCUCUCUCUCUCUAUGUAUAUAUAUAGAAAUGUCUCUUCUCUGCUUUUGACAUUCCCUGCCUCCACAGUCCACACUGACCAUCUCUUUUCGCCUUCCUUAGACUAAAUUCUCUUCCGCGUUUUUCUUUCCUUUUCUUCUGCAGAUUUGGUCCUUUCCCUGCGGAAUCUGCUGCAUGCCUCAAACAUGAACAGGAAGGAGAGAUCGAUGCGAGACGACUUGUACCCACGAAGCAGAAGGACCCCAUCUUUCUCUUCCUCUCUCCUUGAUGCCAUUUACCGUUCAACUGACCAAUCAAAAUCAGAUCUUGAUCAAGAUUCCAAAUUGGGUCUCUGCAAGGAAGCUCUCUGCUCAAAACAGAACAAUCUCAGCCACGAGCAUGGAAUUACUCUGGAGAAAGAAUAUGGCAGAGUGAGGAACACUAAUCGUCUUCGUCGAUCAGCAGUUAUGGUUGAAGACUGGAUGGAAAAGCAGAGCUCCCACAGCUCCUCAGAUUGCAGCUCAGGUGGAUUCUUCUCGUCGUCGGAGACAGAGACGAGUUGUAAACAGAGAUCGAGGGCUAAAUCCGGCAAGAGUAUGAACUCAGAGAAGCCGAAGCAGCAGAAAGUGAAGCAGCCGAUGUCACCGGGAAGUCGAAUAGCUAGCUUUUUGAGCUCUAUCUUCAAUUAUGGAAGCGUGAAGAAGGCCAAGAUGUGCUACGUUGGGGCGGUGGAAGAUGUUAGUUUCGAGCAGAAACCUCAGUCUCCAUGUGUUUCUUCCUCUGCUUCUUCGUAUUCAAGGAGGUCUUGCAUGAGCAAAACGCCAUCUUCGGCUAAAAAGAACAAUGGCGUCAAGAGGUGCGUGAGAUUUUACCCUGUAAGCAUAAUUCUGGGCGAAGAUUCUCACCACAAAUAUGUCUACAAGAACGAUCCGGAUAUAAUGCCUUUGCCAAGUGGUGCUGGGAAAAUUACAAGAAGCUCUACAACGACGGAGGAAGAGAAGAAGAAGAAGCAGAAGAAGAACUCUGUUGUGGGCAAGGAAAAUGGUUCAAGAAAGGGCAAGUUUGAUUUUAGAGUGUUGUACAGUCAGAAUAAUAAUGGUGAAGAUGAGGAUGAAGAAGAUGAUGAUGAUGCUUUGAGCUGUUCAAGUUCAGAUCUGUUCGAGCUGGAUCACCUGAUUGGAGGUGGUGGAAGGAGGUACCAAGAAGAGCUUCCAGUUUAUGAAACUACAAAUCUGGAAAUAAACAAGGCCAUUGCUAAUGGUCUGCGUUUGUAAUUCAUUGUAAUUAAUGUAAUGCACUGUGGAAUUCAUUUCGGCUAUAACUUUUUUAGUUACAAUGUUUUGUUUCAUUGCAUAGACCAUAGAUUAUACUCAUAGGUUCUAAGCAUUUUCCAGUCUUCUAGGAUUAUGUUUGGAAUAGCUA